GUUACAUCGCACACCUCAUUCGGGCCGAAGCUCAACAAGCUAGCGGGGAACAAAUCUUGUUUCCCCCGCGUUGGAGCUUCCACCACGGCUCCGAACAAAAUUGUCGGAAAAUAAAUAGAUGGCCAGUGACUGCUCCCCAAUAUGUCCGGGGUAUUCUCCAUCCUAUCCAUUGGCCUUUGAGUGUGCCAUUUUGUUGUUUCGAUAUGCACUUCAAGGCUGCUGCUUCGCUGCUGCUCAUCGCAGCCACUGGCGGCGCCAUUGCGGGCCGACCAGCCGAUCCUAAGCUCGCUAAAUGUCCUGGCUACAAGGCCGCUAAUGUCCGAACGACUUGUGCGGGAUUGUAUGCUGACCUUGUGCUUGCUGGUCCGGCUUGCGACGCGUACGGCAAGGAUAUUGCCAACCUGACGCUGUUGAUCAAGGUCGAAGACGAAAACCGCAUCCACGUCAAGAUUGAAGACGCCGCCCAAAUCGCCUACCAGGUUCCCGAGUCCGUCUUCCCCCGGCCCAAGCGCAAGCCCGUCUCACGCAAAAAGGCCAACCUGCAAUUCGACAUCACCGAGGAGCCCUUCUCCUUUCGCAUCUUCCGCAAGGACGGCAACGAAACCAUCUUCGACUCCUCUGCUGCAGGACUUGUCUUUGAAGACCAGUAUCUCCGUCUGCGCACCAGCCUGCCCACAGACACUAACCUCUACGGCCUCGGCGAGCACACCGACGACUUCCGCCUCAAGACGGACAACUACCACCGCACAAUCUUCAAUGCCGAUGCUCCCGGUCUACCCCAGGGCCAGAACCUCUAUGGCAGCCACCCCAUCUACAUUGAGCACCGACCUACUGGGUCCCAUGGCGUCUUCUUGCUCAACUCGGGUGGCAUGGACGUCUUCAUUGACAAGGACGACGCUGCAAAGCAGUACCUCGAGUACAAUGUGCUUGGCGGUGUUCUUGACUUUUACUUCUUUGCUGGCCCGUCGCCCAUUGACGUCAGCAGACAGUACUCUGAUGUUACGGGCCUUGCUGUGACCAUUCCGUAUGCUAGUCUGGGUUUCCACAACUGCCGCUGGGGAUACCAGGAUGCGUAUAACCUUGCCGAGGUCAUCUCCAACUACAGCGCUGCUGGUAUUCCUCUCGAGACCAUGUGGGCGGAUAUCGACUACAUGGAUGGCCGUAAGAUCUUCUCUGUCGACCCUGACCGCUUCCCCAUGAAGAUGAUGCGCGAGAUUGCCGACCACCUCCACGCCAAUAACCAGCACUUCACCCUCAUGGUUGACCCUGCUACCGCGGCGGCUGAUUACCCUCCCUACCACCGCGGUCUGGAUGAUGAUGCCUUUAUCCGUCGCAAUGGGGAGACUUUCCACGCUGUUGUGUGGCCCGGUGUGACUGCGUUCCCCGAUUGGUUUGCCCCCAAUGCCACCAAGUUCUGGAACAACGAGUUUGCCAACUUCUUCUCCAAGGAGAACGGUGUGGAUAUUGAUUUCCUCUGGAUUGACAUGAAUGAGCCUGCCAACUUCUGCGCAUUCCCCUGUGACGACCCCGUCUCCGCUGCAAAGGGCCUGCCUCCUGUUCCCCCUCCUACGAGAACGCCCCCUCGUCCUCUCCCCGGAUGGUCUUGCGACUUCCAGCCUCCUGGCACCGACUGCAAGCGCAGCACUGUCGAGCUUCGAUCUCCUGCACCCGCGCCUGAAGCCAAGGAGAUUGAGAACAUCCAUGCCCGCAAUGCAGAUGACACCCGCUGGAAGGGAUACCCUGGCCGCGAUCUCCUCAACCCUCCCUACGCCAUUAAGAACGUGCAGGGCAUUCUGUCGGCCAAGACGAUCCGCACGGAUCUGAUCCACCACAACGGCCUCACGCAGCUCGAUACUCACAACCUCUACGGCACCAUGAUGUCGUCCUUUUCGCGCGAGGCCAUGCUUGCCCGCCGCCCCGGAAAGCGUCCCCUCGUCAUCACCCGCGCAACCUUUGCCGGUGCUGGCUCCCACGUCUCGCACUGGCUGGGUGACAACAACUCCGACUGGCCACACUACCUGUGGUCUAUCCGCGGCAUGCUAGCCUUUGCUUCCGUCUUCCAGGUGCCCAUGGUUGGCUCGGACGUGUGCGGCUUCGGCUCAGACACGACCGAGGAGCUCUGCGCUCGCUGGGCCAUGCUCGGUGCUUUCCAGCCCUUCUACCGAAACCACAACGCCGAGGGCCAGAUCUCGCAAGAGUUUUACCGCUGGGAGAGCGUCACUAAGGCUGCCAAGAAGGCCAUUGAUAUCCGCUACAGGCUGCUGGACUACUUCUACACGGCCAUGAUGCGGCAGAGCACCGAUGGCACACCUGCCAUUAACCCCAUGUUCUACCUGUACCCCACCGAUCCCAAGACGUACGGCCUUGAUUACCAGUACUUCUUUGGUCCUGCGAUUCUGGUCGCCCCUGUGACGGCUGAGGGCGCAACAUCUGUGGAUGUUUACCUGCCUGCUGGCACAUUCUAUGACUACCACACCAAAGAGCGCAUCGUGUCCAAGGGCCAGACUAUCACUAUGAAGGACCAGACCACCUCAGAUAUCCCAUUGUUCAUCCGUGGCGGCACCGUUGUUCCUCAGCGUGUCAAGUCGGCCAUGACGACGACUGACUUGGCCAAGGAGAACUUUGAGAUCGUGAUUGCCCCAGAUGAGAACAACAAGGCCUCUGGUUCCUUGUACCUGGAUGAUGGUGAGAGUUUGAAUGCACAGAGCACGGUGUUCAACUUUGAGUACGAUGGCAACAAGCUCACAGCGACUGGAAAGUUCAACUACAAGACAGACAGCAAGAUUGUCCAGGUAAUUCUUCUUGGUGGGGGACAAAGAGCUGCCAAGUCCGCAACCACUGUUCAACAAGACCUCAACGGGCCGUUCACUAUCAACCUCUAAGUAAAGUAAAGUUUAUAUUAUACGGGUAGAUAGUAUGUACAUGUUGGUAAUAUGAUGUUAUGAGAUAGCCCCGUGGUUCCGCAGUACUUGUUGUACUUCUUGGUCAGCAUUGUUACAGAUUGCCUCCCAUAACACCGUGCGUCCUGUGUCUGCUUUGUGAUUGACAUUUGCAUUAUAUUUAAUCAGCAGCUUGACAACUUCAACCUUAUGGUGACGGUUAGUGCUUUGGACGGCCAAGUGUAGUGGUGACUCGCCAACCUCUGUGAGAGCCUGGGGUUCGAGGCCAUGUUCGAGGAGUAGCUUUACGGCGUGGCUAUUGCACGCAGCCGCAGCGUCAUGAAGAGCGGACCACCCUGAUGGGAAAGCUUCCUUUACAGGGCGCUUGCAAUGCUCAAGCAUCUCUUCAAAUGUCUCUGGAAAUGCAGUAAAGUAGCACAUGGCUUGCAGCGGCGUGUUACGUUGACAUGGCUUGUCUUGGACUGUCGCCAACGGAUCAGCCCCGGCCAAGACGAGAGCUUUAAUCUUAGCGACCCUACCCUCUUCACUAGCUAGCUGAAGAGGACGUUUGCCGUCAGGCCCUACCACCUCAAGUUCCGCACCAGCUUUUACCAAUAUUUCGAUGUUCAUUUCUGGGUACUCAGCCUGGACAGGUCCUGCUGCGACAAGUAGGGGUGUAAGACCAUCCGGGCCAAUGACAUUAACGUCCGCGCCGUGCUUAAGCAUCGAGCGUAGUAUCAUGGGUGCACCAACCAUACAAGCAAGGUGUAAUGGCGACAGACCAUCUGGUGUUUUUGCAUGGAGAUCUGCCCCACGCUUGAUCAAUUUCGUUGCAGUCAUAGGAUGGGAGCGUGUGCAUGACUUGUGCAACAGUGACAAGCCGCUGUCGUCAAUCUCGUUUGGAUUGGCUUUUCGCUUAAUCAGCUCAUCGACAAUUAUUGGAUACCCGCCUUUGCAGGCUGUAGUGAGAGGUGUCUUGCCUGUAGUAGGGUCACGCAGGCAAGCGUCUGCACCCAAUUGCAAGAGAUGCUUGGAGAUUUCAGUAUGUCCUACUUCGCAUGCAACAUGAAGCGGUGUUCGUCCCUGCCGGAGGCUCCGGUGAUUCUUUGGCACAUAUUUGCAGAGAAGGUUCACAAUUUGUUCGAACCUGAAGGCGCAUGCGACAUGCAAUGGAGUUCUGCCGUCCUUUGCUUCGGCAACAGCAUCUGCUCCUGCUUCAAGAAGCACUUGAACAACUUUCAGUGAACCUUUUUCGCAGGCAACAUGCAAGGGUGUCAAUCCAUCUACUGUUGCAGCAUUGACACUGGCAGAGCAAGAGAGAAGCUUUUCAAUCAGUGGGGGGGCUUGCGUCUCGCGACAAGCAAAAUGCAGCGGUGUCCAGCCCAUGUUGUUGGCAAUAGUGACGUCUGCAGGAGGCUUAUUUUUCAGUAGCCUAUUUGUGGCUGCUACACUUCUCGUAGAGACGGAGUAUGCAAUGGCAGUCAUCCCAUCGGCGCAACGGGCAUUGAGAGGCAUAUCUUUUCGCUUUAACAAGUCCGUCAUGCCUGUGGGACUGUUCUUCUCCGCUGCAAUGUGAAGCCACGUCUUGCCAGUCUCAUCAGGUGCCUUACUAAUCUCAGAUGACGAAAGCAGACGGCGCGCAAUUUUGUCCUGUCGAUUCAUGCAUGCUAUAGCAAACAGUUCAGCAGCCUGGAACUGUACCUUUGCCGACGCCAUAAGAAGCUCUGCAACGGCUGUCCGAUUGUGCUGGAGUGCCUGUACGAUAGGAGAAUGUCCAUCCCUAUCUGGGAUAUUGGGGUCAAUAUCAGGUCUGUUGAGGAGCAGCGUUAUACAUUCUUCAUUGCCAAACUCUACUGCGAGAUAAAAUGCAGUUCUGCCGCGGACGUUCUGACGAUUCAGUUUAAACUUGCCAGAGUCGACAAGCAACCGUACAGUCGGUAUUAGUCCCGUGAUUACAGCCGCGUCAAGGGCUGUCUGAUCUUGCGCUCCCACUCUAUCUGGUUCUGUAAGAUUUUCUAAUAAGAAUUCGACAAUAUCUUUGUUGUCCAUUUCACGUAUACCGUCAAAUGGACAGCAGAUGGCGUUGAGUAAAUUAGUUCCACCCUCGUCUGUUUCGUCAAGAUUGAAGACUGGUAACCGAAUCAGAUCUUUCAAUAUUGUCAAGCGGCCAUAGCGAACGGCCUGUAGCAUGGUGUAAUAUGCUGGCGAGCAUCCACCAAGUUCAACUAAAGAUACCCCUGGCAUGUAGGACUCUGACUUUUGCAAUAAGACAUCCACAACCUCGCGGUACCCGAGAGUGGUAGCGAUUAUUAGAGGAGUCUGUAGUCGGCAUAGUAGUUGUCUUUGGUCCUUCAAAAGCCUCUUCCAACUCCUAUUGAUCUGCAGAGAGGUAUAAACAAUGCCGGGGUUAACACCGGCAUCAAGAGCAUGCUGGGCAGUUGUCGGCGCGCCUGUGAGCACUGCAUAAAGCAAACUAGGGGAGAAGCCUUUGCGAUCAAUGCUGUUUCUGUAGAGUGUGGCGUGGAACGACUCAAAUUGGUAGCGGCAGGUUUGUAUGAGUGCAUUGAGUGAUGCGCUGUUGAGGUGAUCGACAAUCAUGCAGAGCACUUCAUGUGGUAGUUGCGCGAAGGCAUCUGGCGCUGUUUGGCACGCCAUCCCACUAUAUGGGACUCAAGCGGUAUUGAGCAGCUGCCCUUGAGGAAUUAACGUGAAUGGAAGGAGUCCCAUAAGGCGUUGUAAAUAUUUUGUUGUGUGUUUCUGAAAAGAAAAUCCCCUGAGGUUGUGAUGGUGAAGGUUUGUUUGUGAUGCGAGG